CAGUAACGGAACGCACAGCAGAACUUGAUGAUGAUGAGGUUGGCUGGGUUGCGGCCAACGACACUUGCCGCUGCCGCUGCCGCCGCCGCUGCUACCACUGCUGCUGCUGCUUCGCGAGUUGCCUGUUAUCGCGCUGCAAGCAGUGCAUCAGGCUCAUCGAACACUACAGGUCAAGCAGCACGUGCAACAGAUGCAGCAUCAGCGACGACGGCGGCCAGUUCGAGGGUGAACCGCAGUUCCUUGAACUACACGCAAGGGCAGACGGUGAAAGGCCGACGCGAGUACUUCUACUACAUUGAUCACAACGGCUUUCUCUUCCUUGACGACAGCAUGAUGAAGAACUUUACAUCCUGCCUCAAAGACAAGCCAUUCCUGGACUUCUUCUUCAAACGGGUGGAACCCAAUACGACUGGGCGGUAUGAGGAGGAGUUUCCUUUCUUAUCACGGUGUGGCCGAGAGUUCAACUUUCUGCGCUGCGACGACACGCCGCUGGUGUACCACACGUUGCUGCCGCCGCAUGGCUCCCUCGUCUCUGAUAAGGACCAGUUGGACCAGUACAUCAAGAGCGCCGAGCAAGGCGACGCCAACCCUGGUUCCUCUGAAACAGCCACGGGCACUGGCCAGGCGAGCGACGAGCCCUGGGAACUCGUGUACGCUGGCAACCUGCGGCGGCCUUUCGAACCAGACAAGCUGUGCAUGACAGAGACGGCGCGCUUGUAUCACCCAUCGCCGGACGGCAAGGAGCUGUAUCUCGUGGCAUCACCGCUGGCCAUCAAGCUCAGCCGGCGCAUGGUGUUUGGGUCUGACGCCACCCUCUUUUCUUGGCAGGGCAACACCUACAACAUUGACAUCCGCAUCCCGGAGGCAGAUGAGCGCGAAUAGAGCCAGCAUACGUGCGUGUGUGUGUGUGUGUGUGUGUUUAUGUGUGUGUGGAUGCCAGUGUGUGUGUUAUGUGUGUGUGUGGAUGCCAGUGUGUG